AUGUUUCACAUGGACCUCGCGCUCCAGGAGAAGAUGUUCCAGUCGCAGGAGUGCUGGGACGAGGAUGGCCUCGGCAAGGGCGGCUUUAACAAGGGUGGCAGUGGCGGCGGCAGCGGUAGCCUCGGCGACUCCACCAUGAAUCUCCUGAGCAAGUUGUACGAGAUCAAUGAUGAUCCCAAGAGGAAGGAAUUUCUCGAUGAUCUCUUCAGUUACAUGCAGAAGAAAGGAACACCGAUAAACCGGCUGCCGAUAAUGGCAAAGUCGGUCCUCGAUCUCUACGAGCUAUAUAACUUGGUGAUCGCCCGGGGCGGUCUCGUCGACGUCAUCAACAAGAAGCUCUGGCAGGAAAUUAUCAAGGGCCUUCACCUGCCGUCGAGCAUAACCUCCGCCGCCUUCACAUUACGCACCCAAUACAUGAAGUACCUGUACCCGUACGAGUGCGAGAAGAAGCGGCUGUCAACGCCGGCGGAGCUCCAGGCGGCGAUCGACGGCAAUCGACGCGAGGGUCGGCGCAGCAACUACGGGGCUUACGGGCCCGGCGGCGGCGGUGGUGGUAGCGGGGGUCCCGUUGACGGCCUCGUCCACCAGCGCAGCCCUCACACGCCGAGCUCCCUGGCCUCGCUUCACGCCCAGAUCUCGCCCCUGUCACUGGUGACGGCGGUGCAGCAGGCCGCGGCCGCCGGAGGCCAACAUCAGGUCGGCCAGCAGAGCCUCGUCAACGGCAGCGCGGCGCACACACCGCUGCCCCACCAUCCCCAUCAUCCGCAGCAUCAGCAAGGUGCCCUGGGUCAGCCUCCCAAUGCAGGUAUAGCCCCGGACUUCGAGGUGCGCAUGGCCGAGUACGUGAAACACUUGCAGCGCGAGAUGGGAAGGCGCGCGGCGGGCUCGCCCCCGGGCAUAAUGGGCCACCGUCAGGGCAGCACGUCGCCGCCAGCGAGAUCGCCGUCGCGCGAGGCUGCACUCUUCGAGAUGUCCCGGCUCACACUCUGGAACAUGUACAACAACAAUCUGCAUCCGGGUAUCGGCUACCCCCAGGCGGUCUCGCCCCAGCCGAGCUCGCAUUCUCCCCAGGCACAACCGGCCAGCCCCGAGCCACAGAAGGAGGCACUCGAUCUGGGAUUGAGAUCCUCGCCAAGCUCUUCGUCACCCGCUCGACAAAGUCCCCCAUCGUCCGGUGGCAGUAUCGCCAUUAAGCGCGAGGUCGAGCACGGCGUGACCGCCGGCUCGGCGUCCAACAAGAGGCUAUGCAUGGACGAGGACGGCCACGGGGACAACAACGUUCCCGCCCUCCCCGGCGCACACAUCAAGAUCUCUAAUCGAGGUACGUUCACGGAUCUUUCGAGAAAAUCGUGGAAGGAGGAGAAGGUGGAGGAGGCAAGCCAGGAGCUAAUCGCCCUCGUCCUUUGUCCCAUUGGUGUUCUAGGUGACGGCCGCGACAACUCGCUGGUGGUGAGCAUGGAGCUGAACGGCGUGAUGUACCAGGGCGUGCUGUUUGCCCAGACAGACGGCAGGGCCAGCCUCGCAGCCUCGACAAACAACAACGAGACGAAGGCCUCGUCGCGCAACGUCGUCUCGUGA